AUCCAACAUCAUCCACACUUUCUCCGUCUUUCUUCAAUUUCAAACACAACGCAUAUCCAGAAUUCAACAAAACAUCAAGUUUUGUUGAUACAGACGGACUGUGUGUUAUCACGCGAUCGGGACGCGCUCCUUUCGCCUCCCGCCUUCUCAUCGUUAAUAACUGCGAACACUGUUUUUUCCUCUGGCACGGGCGCACUUUUAUUCAGGCGCUGUCAAUAAUUCUUGGCAACAAGAUACUAUCACUCUUUUCACCCCGCAACUCGAUAAUCUCGAUAAUAACCUUUGGCCGCCUUUUCUCUAUUCGAUUUAUAAUCAACGAAUUCUCCAAUAAUCAUUCUUUGUCACGCCUUUCAUCUUCCACUUGACUACAUCUUCAAUACAUCAUCGCCACCAAUCACGACGAUAUAUUAGAUCAAGUCAGUCUGGAAUUAUUACAACAUGGCGGACUACGAUGAAGAAUACGAGUAUGAGGAGGAGUAUGCUGAUGAGAACAUUAUCACACCCGAAGACUGCUGGGUCGUUAUCGGGUCUUACUUCAAGAGAAAGGGUUUGGUUUCUCAACAGAUCGAUUCAUUCAACGACUUCCAAGAAACGACCAUCCAAGAGUUAGUGGAGGAAUAUUCACAGAUAAGUGUUGAUGAACAUAAUCCACCUUCCGCGGACAGUCGAGCCAUUGCGCUUCGAAGGUACGAUCUCAAGCUUGGCCAUGUAACUAUUGCGCGUCCUAUUGCUAUGGAGAGUGAUAACACCUCCGGUCCUCUACUCCCUUACGAAUGUCGUGACCGAAACAUGACAUAUGCCGCUCCCAUCUAUGUCAAGGUUGACAGUAAAGUGAGUGCGUGUGUUGAGCAGGACAUCCCUCUUCACGAGAUGGACGAGGAGCAGCAAGCGCAAGCCCGCAGCACUGGAAAGCACCCAACCCGUCUAGUUUGGGAGGCCGAGGAGAAUAUAUUAGAGACCCCUUCUGGCGACAAGGGCAAGGCUGGUGAUCAGAUCUUCAUUGGCAAGCUUCCUAUCAUGGUCAAGUCCAAAGCAUGUCAUUUGAACGGCGAAACCGACGACGAGUUAUUCCUGUUAAACGAGUGCCCUUACGACCAAGGAGGUUACUUCAUCAUCAAUGGAAGUGAGAAGGUUCUAAUAGCUCAGGAGCGAUCUGCUGCCAAUAUCGUUCAAGUCUUCAAGAAGGCUCAACCGAGUCCAUUUUCCUAUAUGGCAGAGAUUAGGAGUGCUCUGGAGAAAGGAUCGAGGCUCAUCUCAUCCCUCAACUUGAAGCUAUAUACGAAGGGAGACGCUUCUAGAGGAGGAUAUGGCGAAACCAUUCACACUACCUUGCCGUUUGUCAAGGGCGAUCUGCCAAUUGCUAUUGUCUUCAGGGCUUUGGGUGUCGUUAGUGACGAGGAAAUCCUAAACCAUAUCUGCUACGACCGCAACGACAGUCAGAUGCUUGAGAAGCUACGUCCUUGUAUCGAAGAGGCCUUCUGCAUUCAGGAUCGAGAGGUCGCUCUGGACUAUAUCGGAAAGCGAGGUCGGGAUUCGCACAACGUAGCCAGAGAUCGUCGUAUCAGAGCUGCGAAGGACAUCUUGCAGAAAGAAAUGCUUCCCCAUAUCUCUCAAACCGAGGGUUGCGAGACCCGGAAAGCAUUCUUCCUAGGCUAUAUGGUUCACAAACUCCUUCAGUGCUCUCUUGGUCGACGUGACACCGAUGAUCGUGAUCACUUCGGCAAGAAGCGAUUGGACCUUGCAGGCCCUCUCCUUGCCAAGUUAUUCAGGAAUAUUAUUCGCCGACUUGUGCAGGAGAUCACCCAGCACCUCAAGCGCUGCAUCGAUGGGAACAAACGUUUCCAAAUUGAACUCGCCGCCAAGCCCGCAAUUAUCACUAACGGCCUGAAGUAUUCGCUCGCCACGGGCAACUGGGGCGAUCAGAAGAAAGCGAUGAGCUCAACUGCCGGUGUGUCACAGGUCUUGAACCGAUACACUUUUUCGUCGACUCUUUCUCAUUUACGACGAACGAACACGCCCAUUGGAAGAGAUGGGAAGCUAGCCAAGCCACGGCAGCUCCAUAACACUCAUUGGGGUCUUGUCUGUCCGGCAGAGACUCCCGAAGGCCAGGCUUGCGGUUUGGUAAAGAAUUUAUCCUUGAUGUGUUCUAUCAGCGUUGGAACAUCAACAGAUCCUAUCGUGGACUACAUGAUUACUAGGAAUAUGGAAGUCCUGGAGGAGUAUGAACCGAUGAGAUACCCCAACGCCACCAAGAUCUUCCUCAAUGGCUCUUGGAUCGGUGUGCACCAGGACCCUAAGACCCUCGUCAGGGAUGUUCAGGCACUUCGCCGAGCCAACCAGAUUCCGGCUGAGGUGUCGUUGGUUCGUGAUAUCCGAGACCGUGAAUUCAAGAUCUUUUCGGACGCCGGCCGUGUGAUGCGUCCUUUAUUCCGCGUACAGCAGGAAGAUUUCAACGAUCAGGGCAUUGAGAAAGGCACGUUGGCCCUUACCAAGCAGAUGAUAAAGCGUCUGGAAGCAGAUGUUGAGCUAGAUCCGGAAAGCGAGGCGUAUUUUGGCUGGCAAGGCCUGGUCAAUGAAGGUGUGGUCGAGUUCCUCGACGCAGAGGAAGAGGAAACUGCCAUGAUUUGCAUGACACCGGAAGAUUUGGACACUUUUCGCAUGACCAAGCUUGGAUACGAAGUGUCUCAAGACAACGGAGACGAGGUGAACAAGCGACUUAAGACUAAAGUGAACCCGUCAACGCACAUGUAUACCCAUUGCGAGAUCCACCCCAGUAUGCUCUUAGGCAUUUGCGCAAGCAUCAUCCCAUUCCCGGAUCACAAUCAGUCCCCUAGAAACACGUACCAAUCAGCCAUGGGUAAACAAGCUAUGGGUUUCUUCCUCACAAAUUACAACCGCCGUAUGGACACCAUGGCAAAUAUCUUAUAUUACCCACAGAAGCCUCUUGGUACAACACGUUCGAUGGAAUUCCUCAAGUUUAGGGAACUCCCGGCUGGUCAGAACGCUAUCGUGGCCAUUGCCUGUUACUCUGGAUAUAACCAGGAAGACUCUGUCAUUAUGAACCAGAGUAGCAUAGACCGAGGUCUCUUCCGAAGUCUAUUCUUCCGAUCUUACAGUGACUGCGAGAAGCGAGUGGGAAUUAAUACGGUCGAGACGUUUGAGAAGCCGUUCAGAUCAGACACAUUACGUCUCAAGCAGGGAACGUAUGAUAAACUGGACGACGACGGUAUCAUCGCUCCCGGUGUCCGAGUCCUAGGAGAGGAUAUCAUCAUUGGAAAGACGUCACCGAUCAACCCGGAUAAUGAAGAGAUGGGCCAGCGCACCAAGGUGCAUGUCAAGCGUGAUGCAUCCACGCCUCUUCGGAGUACUGAAACUGGUAUCAUCGAUCAGGUUAUCCUUACCACAAAUCAGGAUGGUCUACGAUACGUCAAGGUGCGAGUUCGAACUACCAAGACGCCGCAAAUUGGAGAUAAAUUUGCGUCUCGCCACGGACAAAAGGGAACCAUCGGUGUCACGUUCAAGCAAGAGGAUAUGCCUUUCUCUAGAGAAGGCAUUGUUCCUGACAUCAUCAUCAAUCCUCACGCUAUUCCAUCGCGUAUGACGAUUGCUCAUUUGAUUGAAUGUCUGCUAAGCAAGGUCUCCACUCUCAAGGGAAUGGAGGGAGACGCCACGCCGUUCACCGAUGUUACUGUCGAUUCAGUAUCCAGCCUUCUACGCGAGCACGGAUACCAAUCUCGAGGGUUCGAAAUCAUGUACCACGGUCACACCGGACGCAAGCUUCGAGCUCAGGUAUUCUUCGGACCUACAUAUUACCAGCGUCUACGACAUAUGGUUGACGACAAGAUCCACGCUCGUGCACGUGGCCCGGUCCAGAUCAUGACGCGCCAACCCGUUGAGGGUCGUGCGAGAGAUGGAGGUCUCCGAUUCGGUGAAAUGGAACGUGAUUGUAUGAUUGCACACGGUGCCGCCUCUUUCCUUAAGGAACGUCUCUUCGAGGUAUCAGACGCCUUCCGAGUCCAUAUCUGCGAAAUAUGUGGCCUUAUGACGCCUAUCGCUAUAUUGAGCAAGGGUUCAUUUGAAUGCCGCCCAUGCAGAAACAAGACCAGGAUCGCGCAGAUUCAUAUCCCAUACGCGGCGAAGCUCUUGUUCCAGGAGCUUAUGGCUAUGAACAUCGCAACUCGCAUGUUCACCGACCGCUCUGGCGUCAGUAUCCGUUAAGAAUGAUGAGGAACGCAGCCAGGACAUGGGGUGGUAGGUGUGAUGGGGUUUCUGGGGCGGCAUUUGGCAAAUCAGUCGGCUAGCUCGCCCACUUGUAAAUGCAUAUGGUUGGCGUUUUUUUUCUUUCGUUUCUCACAUGCAAGCCGAUUUUCAUAGGGACAUUGCAAUUAUAGGUUUGCACAUCAAGGCGUUAAAGGACACAGGCUUCAGUAUGCCUCAAAAACAGGUCCCCAAAAUCAGGUAGUCUACAUAGCCAAAAAGAGCUAGUAGGUAAUGUACCAAUGUUUUGUUAGUCAACACAAGUUGAUUGUGAAGUACAGGACUAAUCCAUGCGUGUUUAUGGUCUAUGUUGUAUAUAUAUUUGAUUGUAAAUUUUGGGGUUUACUGUAUAAAAAUGAGUG